UUCAUUCUCAUCUUCACGGUGAUCCAGUACCGGCCAAUCACCUAUAACCACUACCAGUACCCAGGCUGGGCCGUGGCCAUCGGCUUCCUCAUGGCCCUGUCCUCUGUCAUCUGCAUCCCACUCUAUGCCCUGUUCCAGCUCUGUCGCACAGAUGGGGACACUCUCCUCCAGCGUUUGAAAAAUGCCACAAAGCCAAGCAGAGACUGGGGCCCUGCCCUCCUGGAGCAUCGGACUGGGCGCUAUGCCCCUACCAUAGCCCCCUCUCCUGAAGAUGGGUUCGAGGUCCAGCCACUGCAUCCGGACAAGGCCCAGAUCCCCAUGGUGGGCAGUAAUGGCUCCAGCCGCCUUCAGGACUCCCGGAUAUGAGCACAGCUGCCAGGAGAGUGGCCCCACCCCACCUCUGCUCCCAACACAGAGACUGGGGAGGCAGAGACAGGUGUCACCGCCUGCCCCGCCAUGCCACGCCCUGGCCAGGACGGCUGCUGUCACCUUGACCACCACUGCUAGUGCAGUCAUUUGUGCUCGUGUCCCCAGUGUUUACAUGUCCUUUGGAUGCCAAGAUGGCAGCUGGGGUUGGGGAGGAAACAGGAGGAUUGUUGGAGGGCCCAAAGCACUUUGGAGGGGUCUUGGGCCAGGUCCCCAAAGGCCUAUCAGGCUUCCCAUGGCCCUUGACUCCCUCACACUCUGCCCCAAGCUGAGGUUCUGAGGUUGGCCUCCAGCCUCAUGACCAGUGUUCCUGCCCCCAGAGCAGACGCCACCUCUGCCCAGGCAAAUUUGGAUCUUUCUACUUGGGGCAGGGUGAGGGGCUGGGGGCUGCACAGUGUUACUUGUUCAGACUGUACCACCUAGCCCUGUUUAUCUGUGUAAUUAUUUUUGUAAAAGUUGUAUUAUCUGUGGUUGCCACCCCCUGCCCCAGCCUCGGUUCCAAUUUGUCUUCCAGGCCUGCUUGCACCUCACUCGGCCACUCCUGGGUCUCUGCCCCAUUCCAGCCCUGGCUGUCAGGCCCAGCCAGUUGAGGCUGUGACCCAGCAGCCCUCCCAAAGCAUUUGUUUCUGGAGGGCAGGGAUGGGGGCUGCUCAACAGGAGCUUUGAGCCCACAGCCCUGGGAGCAGGGGACCCUGCACGACUUCCUCUUGCCUCCUCCUCCAUAGGCUAAAGGCCCAGUCUUCCAGAUCUGCUGCCCUUGUUCACGUGCCAAAUGGCCCCAGCCCAUGUGCCCAUCUCCUCCUCCAGAGCCCUGCAGUGUUCCGUUUGUCUGUCCCCUGUGCCCUCUGUGCAGUGACAGCCCUGGCAGAGCCGCCUCUAAUCCUCUGUAGCAAUAACGGUGGGCUGCCCGCCCCUGCCCAUUCGUGCACCACUAGGAUUUUAAAGUCCAUAGAUUUUAAUGAAAUUUCUA